CACAACUGAACAGAGAACUUAUGCCUAAACUGAAAGGAGUCGUUUCGUUUCGAAGUACAAAAUGGGUGCAUGCGUUUCUGGGUGAUCCAGAAUCCGACCACCUGAAUCCUAAGGAAAAUCUGUGACGAAGAAGGAAGAGAGGUCAGCUCCGGUCACUUACUGAUCUAUAAAAGAAAUCCUGAAUGGAACGUUGUGGGUUUAAAUGCUUUUCAAGGAGGAUGGAAGUUUCAGAUCGCCGGACAACAGAAAUGUCAAACACUGAGAACAUUAAGGCAAUUGAAGGAGGGAUAAAGAUGUGUAUUUGCUGCCUGCCUGCAGAUGUCCUGCUAAUAAUAUUGAGGCAUCUCUCAACACUUGAUUUCCUCUCUUUUCGAUCUGUCUGUAGAUGCUGGCGUGCUGCUUUCUCAAGGUGUUCAAUUCCAAACACUGACCAGCUCUCUGAUCACUUCCCAUGGGUAGUCUUUUUGAGAACAUACCAUUCCCACAAUGAAGACCCAGCCAAUUUGUAUCAGUCAUUAUCAUCAUCGCCGUCGUCGUCAUCAUCAUCUAAGCCUGUACCCAGAAAUUUUUGGGAUCCGCUAUAUGAACCCAGGAGAGCAUCUGAGUUCUAUUAUUCUAGACAGCUAAUGGCUUAUACCGAAUCAGAACCAGUACUUUACACAACUGGAAAAAUAGGAGACUCGUUAACUCAUCGUGUCUAUGACAUUCCAGAAUUGUGUGGAAAUCGUCUCCUCUUAUCCAGAUAUGGGUGGCUUCUUCUCUUCUCUUCUGAUUCCUCCUUAUUUUUCUUCAAUCCAUUAUGUGGGGCGAGAAUCAUGCUUCCCUUUCUUGAUGUUUCACAUCUGGUACGCCCCGUAUUUGGCAUAUCUGCACCUCCUAUAUCCAAUGACUGUAUGAUUUUUGUUGUAAGUCAUAUCAAAGAUAAAAGGACCACCAAUUGUGUUAAAGUUGGUUUGUGCCGCCGUGGUGAAGCUACAUGGACAACAUGGACACCUUGUCUGAGAGGUUUGGACAUUUCAUUCAUUAAUAACGUGGUUUUUGUUAAGGGGGUUUUCUACUGCCUGCACCACUGUGGUCAUUUCAGUGCUUUCAGUAUUUCCAACUUCACAUGGAAUACACAGAAGCUGCUGGACUGUGGAAGAUAUUUGGAACAACCUACGCUGGUAUCACGAGAAGUCCAGAUUGGUAAUGAUACCUUUAUGAGCAUCGACUGUGAUGUGCCCUAUCUAUGGGUAUUGGUCAAAUUACAGGAACCUUUUGAAGUUACAGAUGACUGGUUCAGCUAUUCGUUUUCUCGCGGUGUGGAUGAUGCAAUUCUGUUUUGGAAAAACAAGAUGAGAUUCGACUCGUUUAAUUUGGAUUCAUGGUAUGGUCUCUGUAAGCUUACAAAAGAUAACAAAAAAUUUAGCUUCUGCAGGUUCUUUACGUGGCCUGAUGCCACCGAACGGGCAAAAGAAUCCACCGCAAUUGCAUGGCUUGAACCCCAGUGGGUGGAGCCUUUUCUAAAUGUGCGCUGGAAUUCAUUUUGAUAAUGGAGGGUUACAAUAAUGUAUGGCAUGUUUUUGCUCUUCUCUUGUAUGUGACCAUUGAACUCUGGUUUGUAUUGAGAUAUUGUUGUGUCCGAGUGUUCAAUGUUUUC